AUGAAAGCUACAUUACUCCAGACAAUGUCCGACUCUAACAGCUCAAAAAAUGACAAACCCUCCGACAACAUCGACUCUACAUCGUUUGCAAGUAUUCUAGCCGGAGUCAAGCGCAUGAGAGAUGAGUAUGGUGGUGACUUUUCUGAAAAUGACAUCACAAUACAACGAAAAUCGCAAUUUCAGCAGCAGCCAUCACCUCCAACUGCCCGUCCGUCUAAAACUCCAACCACAAAUAACAUAACAACAGCUAGAAAUGUGUUAGAAACACAAAGAGCAACCUUGGAGAAGCCGACAGCAAAACCAGUUUCACCUGCUCCUCCACAGUCGAAGCACUCAUCAUCACCACCACCACAAUCACGACCCACAUCUUCCAACGUUAGUAAUCAAACGCGACCAGGAAGACUACCGCAGCAGCCUAGGUCAGGCGGAUUAUCCGAUAUACUUGUCCACAAAUCACAAGAGAAGAAUCCUUUAUUGAGCGAGUCGAUGAUGAAGACGACGCCAUGGGUUUUUGAUGGUAGUAUUUUAUCUGACUAUUACAUCAGUCCGACUUUCCAAAUCCUAUUCUUAUCUUUGAAGUACCACAAAUUAAGGCCAGAAUAUAUUUGGACUAGAUUGAAAAGGUUAAACAAAGGCUCAAGUAUAGUUGAGAAUCGAAAAGAUAACAACCUACGCGUUUUGCUAGUAGUUGUUGAUAUUGAUUCACAUCAAGAGGUGUUGCGCAAAUUGUCAGACUUUUGCAUCAAGCAUGAUUUGUCAUUGGUGUUGGCCUGGUCUUUUGAAGAAGCGGGAAAUUAUAUUGCUCUAGGCAAACAUUUCGAUAACGCGCCCCACCUGGCAAAACAGAGUAUUCGAGGGUUCAAAGGUGCGGAUUACAAUUCAAAUGUAGUUGAGGCAUUUACAGGGAUAAAAUCAGUAAACAAAACUGAUGUUUCGAAUCUAUUAGCCAACUACAAAUCAGUCAGAGAGAUGGUGUUGCAAUGCAGUAAAGAAAACAACGAGAUGUUGGGCAAUAUACCAGGAAUGGGGGCCGUGAAACGUCGUAACUUGAAGCAAGUUUUUCUGGAGCCAUUUAUAUUGAACAAAGUUUCAAAAGAAUAA